AUGUCGCUAAAUCUAGACGUUUCCAAUGCGGCGGUGAUGAAGGAUGAGCAGGGCCGUCCCUUCAUCGUUGUGAGAGACCAGGGAAAAAAGAAGCGUCAAUUUGGGAACGAAGCAGUCAAAUCGCACAUCCUUGCCGCAAGAACCGUUGCCAACAUUGUAAAGUCUUCUCUGGGGCCACGCGGCCUCGACAAGAUUCUCAUCUCGUCAGACGGAGAUAUCACGGUAACGAACGAUGGCGCGACCAUUCUUCAACAAAUGGAAAUUAGCAAUCAUGUCGCCAAGCUUCUGGUGGAGCUCUCCAAGUCUCAGGAUGACGAGAUUGGUGACGGAACCACUGGCGUAGUCGUUCUGGCUGGGGCUUUGCUCGAGCAAGCAGCCGAUCUCAUUGACAAGGGCAUUCACCCUAUCCGGAUCGCCGACGGUUACGACCAGGCCUGUGAUAUUGCCGUUGCGGAGUUGGAUAGAAUUUCGGACACGAUAGAGUUUACGAAAAAAGAUACAGCCAACCUGGUCAAGGUCGCACGUACAAGCUUGGGAAGCAAAAUUGUUUCCAAGGCACACGAUCAGUUUGCCAACAUUGCCGUUGAUGCGGUACUAUCUGUUGCAGACCUAGAACGCAAGGACGUGGAUUUCGAGUUGAUCAAGGUUGAUGGUAAGGUCGGAGGUUCCUUGGAGGACACCCUUCUUGUCAAGGGCGUCAUUGUCGACAAGGACUUUUCUCACCCUCAGAUGCCAUCGGAAGUGCGGGAUGCUAAAAUUGCCAUCCUCACGUGCGCCUUUGAGCCUCCCAAGCCGAAGACGAAGCAUAAACUGGAGAUUACCAGUGUCGAAGAGUUCAAGAAGCUGCAGAACUACGAAAGAGAAAAGUUUAUUGAAAUGAUUCAGCAGGUCAAGGACACGGGCGCCAACCUGGCCAUCUGCCAGUGGGGCUUUGACGAUGAAGCGAAUCACUUGCUACUUCAGAACGGACUCCCCGCCGUCCGAUGGGUCGGCGGCCCAGAGAUUGAACUAAUUGCUAUUGCCACCAACGGCAGAAUAGUGCCUAGAUUCGAGGAUCUGAAACCCGAGAAGCUUGGUUCUGCUGGCGUUGUCAGAGAGAUGUCUUUUGGCACUACAAGAGAGAAGAUGCUGGUUAUUGAAGAGUGUGCAAACACCCGAGCCGUGACUGUCUUCUGCCGCGGAAGCAACAAAAUGAUCAUCGACGAAGCCAAGCGUUCACUUCAUGAUGCCUUGUGUGUCGUCAGAAAUCUGGUACGAGACAAUCGAGUGGUGUACGGCGGUGGUGCUGCCGAAAUUGCCUGCUCGCUGGCGGUGGAAGAUGCCGCUGUCAGGACUCCUGGUCUGGAGCAGUAUGCUAUGCGUGCAUUCUCCGAGGCGCUGGAUACUAUCCCAAUGACACUUGCCGAGAACAGCGGCCUGAAUCCCAUCUCAACUUUGGCCGAAGUCAAGAGUCAGCAAGUCAAGGCUGGUUUCGAGAACCGGGGUAUGCUUGGUGUCGACUGUAUGGGUCGAGGCGACAAUAACAUGAAGGAGGCUUUCGUCAUUGACCCGUUGAUUGGCAAGAAGCAGCAGCUGCAACUAGCUACUCAAUUGUGUCGCAUGGUUCUUAAGGUAAACAAUGUGAUUGUUUCUGGGGCGGAUGAUAACGAUUUCUAG